AUGAGGAGCCGGAGUUUCCAGGUGUGUAUCUUCUGUCUGUAUAAAAAGGGAAGACAGGUGCAACGCUGGCUUCAGAUCACCUGUCAUUACACCUGGCUGCCAUCCCCCUCCCCCAAGGACCAGCCUGCCCGCAUCCUCACGGAUUGGCCUCCAGCAACCACAGACGCUUCAGCCGGAAUGAGGUCCUUUCCUGUUCUCGGAUGCCUUUUCCUCCUCUUCACUUGGGCAGAGGCCAGGAGACACCACCCCCAUCACCGCCCGCAGUGCUUCAGCUCGGAGGACGUGCCGGUCGGGCAGGUGCCCGUCGAGUUCCUCAGCAGGGCCCGGCGGUGGGACCGUCACAGUGCCGUGCAGCUGGUGCCCAUCCUGGAAAAGGAGUCGCCCAAGAGGCAGAGGCGGCGCAGGCAGCAGGAAGACGACAACUGCUCGGCUCUGCAGCUCCAGAACCUGCAACACAGCAGCGUCCACCAGAGGUCCAUCUCGCCCUGGAGCCACAAAAUCAACGAGGACGAGAACCGCUACCCGAGCAGGCUGGCCUUCGCCUACUGCCUCUGCAAAGGCUGCAUCGACGCCAAGACGGGCGUGGAAACCACCUCCCUCAACUCGGUGCCCGUCUUCCAAGAGAUGUUGGUGCUGCGCCGCAAACCAUGCCUGCGCAACUCAGAGGCCGGCAGCUUCACCUUAGAGGUGGACUACAUCAAGGUCCCCGUAGCCUGCACCUGCGUCUUGCCCCAAACCAGCAGCUGAGAGGGCCACGGCCACGUCACUUCAAGCCCCUGCAGUCACAGCG